AUUGUGAUUUAGAACAUAUUUGAGGCUUGUAUAAAAUAUUGGAAUGAUAACUAGAUCGGGAUUGAGAGCCUUCACGUCUGUGGUUAACAGAGUGAUACACAAUGUUGCUAAGCAACAGUUUGUAGUAACUUGUCCGAGUGGCGAAGAUGCAGUACUUCGUUAUAGCAAGGACGACUCUACAAAUAUAACAUUUUUACACACAAAUGUACCAGAGACGUGUCAAGGACAAGGUGUCGGGAAAAAAUUAGCUGAGGCUGCGUUCAGAUAUGCCUAUGAACAACAUUUAACCGUAGUUGUCAAGUGUCACUAUUUGGCAAAUUUUUAUAAGAAAAAUCAUGAAAAAUUUCACAACUUGCAAGUGUUAAUAUCGUUGGAUUAACCAAGAAAAUAUAUUUAAUUCGCUCUUGUCU